GACAACACUGUGUUCUUCAUUCAUCAGUGUUCCCCUGACUGUGACAACAACAGUUGGCAACUUCACAGACAGAAUGAAUUCAGUAGUGUUGAUAUCCUCAGUGAGGACAGUUGGUCAGUUCGGUUCCCACAAAGUAUGCCGAAGAUUAAUGCGAGUGGGUGACCCAAAUGCUCUGGGCAGAACUCGAACACAGCUGGCACCGUGUAACAGGACACAGCAGCAGCGAUGCAGCCUUCACCUGUCACAUGGUGGGCGGGGUGCUUCAGCACUUCAACUGAGCAACAUGUUGGAAGAGAGAGAUCUCAACGUUAUCAACCAGAUCCAAAGGUACCACAUCCAGUCUCACGCACUGCCUUCAAGUGAAGUCCGCACACUAUCCCUGUCUGCCCCAGACAGAGGGCUUGCUGCCCCUGCUGCUCAGGCUUCCCGCUCCUUCCCAGAGGCCGAGAUGUGGAACAUGGUGAGGGACACCCCUAACGGCGUGAGCGUGUCUGGCCUCGCCACCCUGAUGGGCGUCUGUGUCAAGUUAGGCAUGAGUCCCGACAGCCCGGCGGGUCUUGUUUCGAAGCUGAAGAACGAGUGCCUCCGGAAGCUUCACGAAGAAGACGUAGACGUCACUAACCUCUGCCUUCUCGGAGAGGUAGUGUACAGCUUAGAGGGUCCGUCGUCCGAGCUCUUCAAGGAGGCUUUGAAAUCCAUCGGGGCGAGUAUCGACGGCGAUCUCACCCCACUAGAAGCUUCUAAUCUCUACGCCUUCUUUUCUCUCAUUGGGAACCGCCACAUCUACCCAGACCCCGUCACCAAGCUGCACAGGUGCGCGGAGCGGCUGACGCACACGCUGCCGCCGACCGCCGUGACCAACAUCCUGUCCUCCUUGUCGGUGUUGCGCGAGGGCCAGCCCGUGGUGCUUAUCCAGAAGCUGAUCCAGCGUGCCUCUCUCACCAUGGCCUCCUAUAGUGACUCUGAACUCACCGGCGUUCUCCAGUCCCUCACCAGGCUAUCUCAACACAGCACGGCGUUCCUGCGCGCCCUGGAGCAGGAGCUGCUCGGCCGCAUGGAAGCGUGCGACCCCGAGCUCAUCGGCGCGGCGAUGGAACACUGUCUGCACGCGCGCUGGCGCUCCGCCGCCGUUUUCGAAGCCGUGGCCGAGCGUUUCGUCCAAAGCGCCGACGCCUACAGCACCCCUCAGAUCGCCAAGCAGAUGGUGGCCCUGGGCCGGCUCAGCUACCUCCCGCACUGCGCCAGCCAGAUGUUUGGGAAGCUGGAGAGUGUCCUCAGCUCCAGGUUCGCCCAGUUUCAACCACGGGCGCUGCUCAACUUGCUGCACGCCUGCAUACACCUGGAGAGGUUUCCGAUCAACUUCGUCUCCAAGGUGUUCAGUCCCUAUUUUCUGCAGAGAUUGGCAGAACAAAAUAAUGGCUUGGACAGAACUUCCCUAGCCCAGCUUACACAGCUCAACAUGUGCACCUCACUGGAAUGUACCCACUACCAGGGACCAAAACUUCCUUUUCAUUACCAUGUGAAGAAUUUCUCAUCAGUCCACCAUUUCAUCGAAAGCCCACUAGAGGGCUUCCUCUUCAAGAUGGUCUAUUAUCCUCUCUGUAAGGUGCUUGGUGGACGAAAUUACUUCACGACAAAUGUCUACACGAAGAGUGGAUACACCGUAGAUGUGGAGCUGAAUGUGGAUGAAGAGGGCAUGAUCUUGCAUCUCUCACAAUGGGAACAAGCCUACAGAAGGAUCGCUCUCUGUUUGGACGGACCAGACCGUUUCUGCACCAACACACACCACCUGCUGGGCCAGGAGGUCACCAAGCAGAGGCACCUCCGGAAGCUAGGCUACGAGGUCAUACAGAUUCCUUAUUUUGAAUUUGAGGAAUUGAAGACACGAAGAGAGCGGCAGCAGUAUCUGCACAAGAAGAUAAGUCACAGCGUCUCAAGGAUAUGUUGGUGAUUUCAGUAGAAAAAAGUGGACUACUAUGUAUGUAGAAACAACAAAGGGAACCUGGAGGUGAUUCUUGUGACAUUACAAGUUGUAUCGACUGCACAAGACUCAAGAAAGGUUAAUGUAAGUAGGAAGGACUGAUGAUCGAUAAUGUAUUGUUCUAGGGGAUAGCCCCUUGAGAUAUAAUAUCUCGUUUUCAAAGGACUCAUAACUGUUUUGGAGUGUGUAUGACAUGUUCCAUGCCUCUAAGUCUAAACAAUGUUGGAAACUAUUUAAGUGCAUUUGUUUGUAUUGCACGAGGCCUUUUGUGUACCUUUCACUGAAGCACUUUAUUGUAGCAUCUGAGUGAAAUAUUUGUAUAUGUGGGAAUGGUAUUCAGAUGAUAAAACAGAAUAAACAAAGUUUUGUGUA